CAAAGGAAGUAAGCUAGUAUGGUAUGAAUGCGCUGGGCAGGCUUCUUCUUUCCCCCUCGGGCAGUCCUCAGUACAGCCAGCGCCUGGUGCGGUUUCUCGAUGCGCUUCGGGCUGCUGUUUGUCUCUCUGCUUUGUCGAAAUGGCUGGCGGGCGUUGGAUUGGUCUCUGGCUCGACUCCUAUUUACCUCUAGUCCGUCCUCCACACUGCAGAGUGCAGACGGGAGCGAGAGAAGUGUGAAAAGGUAGGCGGAUGGGACAACCCCCCCCAGCUUUGCUUCCCUUUGGAGGCUAGGCUGGGCUGGGCUAGGCUGGUGGGUGUGGGAGUGGGAGGAGGCUUGUGGGGUUCAACACGUGUAACAAGCGCUUUGGGUACGUCGGCGAGACAAUAUGCAUGGACGAGGGCUACCCCCUUAGGUGCGACAUAUUUCUGGCUUAGGCGGUCCUAGAGCGCGAGGCCAUUGACUAUUGUGCAGUAAAUUGCCUAGCCCAUUAGGCUCCGGCCUGGCAGCCCUUCCCGCACCCUCCGAUGCAUCGUACGAUCUGUUGCGCGAUUCUUCGCGCCCGUGUUCUGGAAGGUAUUAAGCAUGUCACUGACAGCUACA